AAUCUGUUUUAAAAGGUUUGUCCAGUUGUUGUGUCUCUGCUCCACUGUGACGUGCCCUGAAUAGACUCUCUGUUUCACUAUAGGGACUCAGAAGCCCCUGGUCCUGGUCUGAGCUGUGAGUCCAUGCAGAGUGACCGCUAUAAAGACUGGGGCCUUGGAUUUAAGGAGGCUCCAUCUGAAGACUCAGGGUGGAACUCUGUCCCCAGAGCGGAGUGGAGCCCGGAGAGCCUCGGCGUAGACCCGCUGCUCCACGUCUUCAUGAGGCUGGAGGAGCAGGUCCUGAGCUUUGUCAAAGAGCAGCUGAAGAGGUUCCACAGGGUCCUGGCCUCAGAUUACCCAGAAUGCUUAGAGAGUGAGGAGGAGGAGCAGAGCAGCAGAGAGGCCGUCCUGACCAUCGCACUGGACUUCCUGAAGAGGAUGAAACAGGAGGAGGUGGCCGAGCGUCUGUUCAGCAAGAGUUUGGCUGGAGUUUGUAGAGAGAAACUGAAGAGGCGUCUGCAGCAGAGGCUCAGCUGUGUGUCUGAGGGCGUGGCUAAAGCAGGAAGCUCCGCCCCCCUGAACCAGAUCUACACAGAGCUCUACAUCACAGAGGGAGGGGCCACACAGGUCAACCAGGAACAUGAGGUCAGACAGAUCCAGACCAAAUCCAGGAGACCAGUCGCUCCAGAGACCGCCAUCACAUGUGAGGACAUCUUUAAAGGCCCCGCCCACAAACAGGGACCAAUCAAAGCAGAGUUACCACAGAGACAGGGACCAAUCAGAGAGGACUUCACAGACAGACCAAUCAGGCUCGUGCUGACGAAGGGCGUGGCCGGCGUGGGGAAAACAGUGCUGACUCAGAAGUUCAGUCUGGACUGGGCUGAGGGCCGAGCCAACCAGGACGUGGAGCUGCUGUUCCCGUUCACUUUCAGAGAGCUCAAUGUGCUCAGAGAGAGACAGUUCAGCCUGGUGGGACUGCUGCACCACUUCUUCAGUGAAGUCAAAAGACUCUGCAGUUUUGAACAUCUCCAGGUGCUCUUCAUCUUUGACGGUCUGGACGAGUGCAGACUUCCUCUGGACUUCACACAAACCCAGGUCCUGACUGAGACCACAGAGUGCGUCUCUUUGGACGUGCUGCUGGUGAACCUCAUCAGGGGGAGCCUGCUUCCCUCCGCUCGCCUCUGGAUAACCACACGCCCCGCGGCGGCCAAUCAGAUCCCGGCCGAGUGCGUCUCCAUGGUGACAGAGGUGCGAGGGUUCACAGACCCACAGAAGGAGCAGUACUUCAGGAAGAGGUUCAGAGACGAACAGCAGGCCACAGACGUCAUCUCCCACAUCAAAACAUCACGCAGCCUGUACAUAAUGUGCCACCUCCCAGUCUUCUGCUGGCUCCUCUCCAUAGUCCUGAACCAUGUGAUGAAGACGAGAGUCAAAGAGCAGCUGCCCCAGACUCUGACCCAGAUGUACAUCCACUUCCUGGUGGUCCAGGCCAAAGUCAAGAGCCUCAAGUACGACGGGCGCUCUGAGACAGACCCUCCCUGGACUCCAGAGACCAGGGAGAUGGUGCAGUCUCUGGGGAAACUGGCCUUUGAGCAGCUGCAGAAAGGAAACCUGAUCUUCUAUGAUUCAGACCUGGAGGAGUGUGGGCUGGAGGCUGCAGAGGCCUCAGUGUACUCCGGAGUGUUCACACAGGUGUUUAGAGAGGAGCCGGGCCUGUACCAGGACAAAGUCUACUGCUUCAUCCAUCUGAGUGUGCAGGAGUUUCUGGCUGCUCUUCACGUCCAUCUGACCUUCUACAACUGUGGAGUCGACCUGCUGUCACCACAAGAACAUACACAGAAGCCCAAGUACAUAUUUACAUCUUUGUUUAGGAGAGGAAGUCCAGAGAUGGACUUCUACAACUCUGCUGUGGAACAGGCCUUAAAGAGUCCAAACGGACACCUGGACCUGUUUCUGCGCUUCCUCCUCGGUCUGUCUCUGCCGACCAAUCAGAGCCUGUUACUGGGUCUGCAGAGUCAGACAGGAAGUAGCUCAUGGACCAAUGAGGUCACAGUAGAUUACAUCAAACAGAGGCUGGAGUAUGAUGCUAUGUCAGCAGAGAGUCGUAUGAACCUUCUCCACUGUCUGAAUGAACUGAACGACCACAGUCUGUUGGAGCAGGUGCAGCGCUACAUGAGAGAAGGACGUGUCUCUGAUGAAGACAUGUCUUAUGCUCAGUGGUCGGCUGUGGCCUUCCUCUUACUGUCCUCAGACUCAGAGCUGGAGGAGUUUGACAUCAGGAAAUAUGAACCAUCUGAAGAGGCUUUCUAUGGUCUGCUGCCUUUAAUAAAAGCCUCCACCAAAGUCAUUCUGUCCGGCUGUGGUCUGUCCCAUCACAGCUGUGGUGAUCUGAUCUCAGUCCUCAGCUCCUCCAGUCUGACACAUCUGGACCUCAGUAACAACAACCUCGAGGUCUCAGUAGUAAAGCAGAUGUGUUCUGGACUGAAGAGCGCCCCCUGCAGACUGGAGGUCCUCAGUCUGUCCUGCUGUGGUCUGUCCCAUCUCUGCUGUGGUGAUCUGGCCUCAGUCCUCAGCUCCUCCAGUCUGACACAUCUGGACCUCAGUAACAACGACCUCCUGGACUCAGGAGUGGAGCAGCUGUGUUCUGGACUGAAGAGCGCCCCCUGCAGACUGGAGGUCCUCAGGCUGUCAGGAUGUCUGGUGUCUGAGAGGGGCGGGGCUGCUCUGUUCUCAGCUCUGAGCUCCGCCCACUCCCAUCUGAGAGAGUUAGACCUGAGCUACAACCAUCCAGGACCCUCAGCAGAACUCCUGACCGCUCUACAGGACCACUGCUCCUUGGACUCCCAGAGGUGA